AUGGCCCAGGCGGCUAAGAAAAAACUAGUUGUCGCUGGUGGAAAUGGAUUCUUGGGGACUCGCAUCUGCAAAUCUGCGGUCGCUCGAGGUUGGGAUGUCACCUCUAUAAGUCGCUCUGGCGAACCCAGAUGGUCUUCAGUCACAUCGGAAUCGACUCCUCCUCCAUGGUCAACUUCUGUAACCUGGGCCCAAGGUGACAUCCUGAAACCAGCCACCUAUACUUCGCACCUGAAAGACGCUGAGGCCGUUGUACACACGAUGGGAAUAUUGCUGGAGGCAGAUUAUAAAGGAGUCAUCUCCGGAAAGGAAGGUAUACUGUCCGGAUUGUCGAGGGCAUUCAGCACAGCAAAGGCCGGCAGCUCGAACAACCCCUUAGACCGCCAACCUGGAGGAGAGCUAGGAAAAGGCGAGAAGGAUGGCCAAAUCACAUACGAGCUCAUGAACAGAGACUCUGCCAUUGCCUUGGCACAGGAAGCUGAGAGAUCGGGAGCAAAGACUUAUGUCUACAUCUCAGCCGCAGCCGGGGCACCCGUGCUCCCUAACAGAUACAUCACCACUAAGCGCGAGGCCGAGAGUACCAUUGCAAACAAGAUGGUCAAUCUCCGAAACCUAUUCUUCCGGCCAGGAUUUCUGUAUGAUGAGAGCCGAAAGUUUACCCUCCCGAUAGCCGCCUCCGGCAUGGUUGGUAGCACAGUCAACAGCAUGGUAGGAGGCAGUUUGACCCGCAUUUUCGGUGCUGCAGUAGAAAAGCCGCUCAAAGCAGACCUGGUUGCAGAAGCAGUGGUGGAAGCCAUCGCUGACGAGUCUGCCCAAGGGGUGGUGGAUACAAAGCUGAUCGAGGCUUUGGCGGCAAAAGCCUGGCGAAGGACGAUGCUCUGA